UGAGGUCUAGUCACACAUUCAUUCAUGCAUGAUAUGGGACCGAGUGAUUGCGAUGUAUUUGGUUGACUACGCUAUUGGUGAAAUCUAUCCGUUCUCCAUUCAUUCGUUGGUGCACAGGCAAUCAGUGCGGGUUGGAUUUGCUGUGCAUUGACCUUCUUACUAAUAACAUAAGUUUGCCGUCCUUGCGGUGAAGUGAUUCUUUCAACAGCUGAGUUAAGUGUUUCAAACUAUUCGGUUCAUUAGCUACGAUGUCCGAUCAUAACUUUAAAAGUUUAGAGGAAACUCUGGAGAAGCACAUCCCUUCGGAGGAGUUGCGUGAAGUUAAACGGCUGCUCUAUGGUAGAGCUGAUGACCAGGCUAUUACGUUUUCCGAAGAGGCAUACUCCUUGGCCAAAGAGGUGGGCGUCGAGUUGAAAGGGUACAUUUUUACCGCCCGUAAGGAAGAUUUGCGCCGCCCGCGGGUGGUGCGAGUCGGUUUGAUUCAGAACUCGGUGGACAUUCCAACGACUGCCCCGAUACACGUCCAGCGUGAUGCCUUGCAUGAAAAGGUCUCGAACAUCCUGAAGGUUGCCGCUUCCGCCGGUGUGAACAUAAUUUGCUUCCAGGAGGCUUGGACGAUGCCCUUUGCUUUCUGCACACGUGAGAAAUUUCCCUGGUGUGAGUUUGCCGAGGAUGCCGAGAACGGUCCUACUACCAAGCUGAUGAAGAAGCUGGCGAAGCAGUACAACAUGGUAAUCAUUUCUCCGAUUCUUGAGCGCGAUGUCAACCACAAUGAAACGAUCUGGAACACGGCCGUCGUCAUCUCGAACAAUGGUAACUACAUGGGCAAGCAUCGAAAGAAUCACAUACCGCGCGUCGGCGAUUUUAAUGAGUCAACGUACUACUUCGAGGGAAACACCGGCCAUCCGGUGUUCGAAACACAGUUUGGUCGUAUUGCUAUCAAUAUUUGCUACGGUCGGCACCAUCCGCAGAACUGGUUGAUGUUCGGACUGAACGGAGCGGAAAUUGUGUUCAAUCCAUCGGCAACGAUCGGCGCACUCAGCGAACCUCUCUGGGGCAUCGAAGCACGCAACGCUGCCAUUGCAAAUAGUUACUUCACGGUCGCCAUUAACCGCGUUGGAACGGAGGUGUUCCCGAACGAGUUCACCUCUGCUAAUGGCUUACCAGCACACAAAGAUUUCGGCCCGUUCUACGGUUCGUCAUACAUUGCCGCACCGGACGGAACCCGAACGCCAGCCCUGUCCCGCGACAAGGACGGACUGCUGGUUGCGGAGAUGGAUUUGAACCUCUGCCGGCAGGUGAAGGAUUUCUGGGGCUUCCAGAUGACCCAACGGUUGCCACUGUACGCGGACAGCCUAGCUCAGGCGAUCAAACCGGACUACAAGCCGCAAAUUGUCAAGGAAAAUCAAUAAAAAAAAAUGCGUUUCUUUUUUUUUUUUUAAAUAAAUUUGACGUCUGACGCUGUUGUUUUGGUGUAAAA